AUGCCAACAAACACCAAGUGUGACAAUGACAGAGUUGACAGGGCAAUGAAGGCUUAUGUGCAGGCCAAGGAAGCAGGACCGGCGUCUCCUCCAUCUCCUGAACCACAGUUUCCUUCAGCAAUGAUCAGUGAUGAGAGGAAAAGCUAUAUUAACUACUUGUUCCUGAAAGAGUGAGUUGAGCAAAGUCCUGUUGCACCUUUUCGGCAACAGUGGCUGGAUGCCAUGUUGGCCCGUGUGUCCCCUCGGCUCCGCCAGGGGCCCAGCAGGGAAGAGCUGCUUGAAGAGAUUUGCAAGGAGGUCAGUGAGAACUAAAUGAGAGUCAUGCUCAAGCAAUGAGUAAACACUAUACUGAAAUAUCCACUAUCAGCAGACACAGUUCACAGAGAUGCAUCUGCUGAGAUUCUAGAUUUCUCCUGUCCAUGGCUUGAGAGCUUUGUGCAGUGUCGAAAGGAGAUAAAGUAGAAUCUACACAUAUUACAUCCAGUCAGGUAAAACAUCCUUGAUAUUUGCUACAGCACAUUCUCCCACCUGCUCCUCAUUGAUCUCUCUGAUUGCAGAUCCACAGGGCAUGUAGACUGUGAGAGUCUAAAAAACAAAGUAGCUGUGGAGUGUGAGAGAGUUGAGGAUAGACUCAUGAAAGCCUGGUUCCCUCAAGUCAUUCACCUGCUCACCAGCAAAGGCACUCUACAGAGGGUCAAACCUAGAAACCUUGACUCCUUUUACAACUGCGCCUCAACACUCAUGUCCAGUCAGAUGAGUUGACUAAAGGCACUAGUUGAGGGGAGUAUGGUGGCGUUUGCCAACCUGUUUGAUCCCUCCAACAACAGCAAGCUUCCCCUAUACUUGAUAUUUGAUGACGAGAAGAUGGAUUUUUACCCCAGCUUUUAUGAUCUAGAGGAGGCUGUGCUAGAAAUUCUAAACUUGAUCACUAAUACCAUGCAGUCCUAUCUGUUUCACAAAGUGCAGACAGUACAGUCAUGGCUAACAGAGGCCAACAUUUCUGUAGCGAAUGCCAAGCUCUCAGAUCAUGUUCAGAUGUGGGCGCAGGCCACUCUUAGGAACACUGUACGGAAAAACUUGGAUGGGCCCACCAAACACUUCCAGAACUAUGAAUCUGUUUUGCAUCACAUCUGUGUGUUCUUAUGUCCAAUUGAUACAUAUCAGCAAGUGAAAUGCUUUUGGGCAUUGUCACAAGAGAUAUCUCGUGUUCCCUCUUUGAUACAUGUUGACAUGGUACGACUGGACUGUGAGUAGCUCAAGCAAGGGCUUGCAAAAAAAGCGAAUGCCUUUUCCCAAAUCCUUGUGGGGAAGCUUGUCAGCAUGAUUCUGUAUUUUUCUUAUUUUAUCUGUAAUGAGUGUUAGACCAUUCGAGACAGGGCUUUGAAAGGCCCUGAGACAACAGAGGACAUGAUGGAAAUGACCGCUUAUAUUGAACAUGUAAAAACCAAGGGAAUAGAGGAGCUUAACAACAAGAUUAUGGAAACACAGCACAGGCUGAAUUAUUUGUUGGAUGUGCAAAUUCUUUAUGCAGAACACCUUGAAUUAAAUGCCACAGUGCUGCUCUGGCCACAAAAAAUAAACACUUUACACACUAUGUUAUUCCAGGUGAUUGAGAAGGCCAAGCUGAAGGGACAACAGGAACUUAUGGGUCAGAGAGGAAAGCUGUUGCUAGAAUUGGAGAAAGUAGGCCACAGAAUGGAGGAAUUUGCAGAGUGCUCUGAACUCGAUAUGAUGCAACAGUAUGCUUCUGAUGUAAGAACUGUACAAAAAAUAAUUCAGGACAUUGAGGAAUGAAUUGUAUUGAUGAACAAAGAGGAAGCACUUUACAAAUGGGAACAAACUUUUUACACAGAGGUGGAGGUGAUGAAGGAAACUAUCACUUAUCAGAAGUUCUUCAGCUUGGUUCUGAAAUGGCAGCGUACAAAGAAGAGUCCUCAAACAAAAGAGAGAGGUUAUAAUGAAGAAGAAAACAUUGUGCAUCAAACUAUCAAUCCUAAAUCUAUUACAAUGGGCCAACUGUUUGGUCAGUUUGAUCCUGUGUCCCAUGAGUGGACCGAUGGUAUUGUGGCAAACACCUUUCGAGAAUUUGCCUUAAGUGAGAGCCCAGACAGAAUGGUGGGUGAUGGCCCCAUAGACACGCUGUGGAUUGAGAGCAUGAACACUGUGCUGGAUGACAAAGAAAAAUUUAGUCUGUGCCUCAUGAGUAGGAAGAUUAUCCAAAUGUCCAGUCAGAUGAGUCUGAUUUUUGAGGCCAUGGAUCUGUCGCAAGCUUCUCCAGCCACAGUGAGUUGCUGUAGAAUGAUCUAUAUGGAGCCCUCUCAGAUAGGUUGGAUGCCUUUGGUGGUCUCAUGGAUGAAAACACUUCCUGACCCACUUCAGACACAGGACAAUUCCACACUACUGCAACAGCUCUUUGAGUGGCUACUUCCUCCAGCACUAAAUUUGUUACGAAAACAUUGUCGGGAGGUCAUUCCCAUCAGCAACAGUAAUACAGUUGUGUCUCUUACACAACUCUUUGAGAUGUUACUGACUAAGCCUCUACAUGAAGACCUGGGGAACAAAAACAUAUGCACAUGGAUCAUGGCAGCUUUUGCCUUUGCCUUUGCCUUGGUGUGGUCUGUUGGUGGUUGCUGUGAGACAGACAGUCAUACUCAAUUUGAUCAGUUUCUCUGGGAAAUCACCUCAGGAAUAGCAGAAAAUCACCCCAUAACUGCUGCUGUGUUGAGAUUUGAGAUUACUUUUGAAAAUUAGUCUUUUCCCUUUCAAAUUAAGUUAAAAGGAAAAGGAUGUUGGGUUCUCUGGAAUGAGUCAAUCUGAAAUGUACCAUUCAGGGACAAGAAUACCAUAGUACAGGAUAUCAUCGUCCCCACAAUUGACACAGUGCGAUACACUUAUCUGAUGGAUCUCUGCAUUAAAUAUGGUAUGCCUCUUUUGCUCGUUGGCCCCACUGGCACUGGCAAGUCUGUUUAUGUGAAAGAAAAACUAAUGAACAAUCUAGACAAAGUACACUACCUUCCCUUCUUCAUCAACUUCUCUGCUCGCACCAGUGCUAAUCAGACCCAAAACAUUAUUAUGUCCAGACUACACUGUGUAGAUAAAAGGCGAAAGGGGGUAUAUGGACCUCCUAUGGAAAAGAAAUGCGUAAUUUUUGUGGAUGACAUGAAUGUGCCAGCAAAGGAGGUGUUUGGUGUACAACCUCCAGUUGAGCUGCUUCAUCCGUAUUUUGACCAUGGAAACUGGUAAACUAAACUUAUGUACACAAUAGAUCAAUAUAAGACCAUGGUGCACAUUUUCUCCAAUGUUGUGACCUUUUACCUCCGGACCAAUAAUUUCCCACCUGAUUGCUUCAUGCUUGGGAAUCAAAUAGUCUCUGCAACAUGAGAGGCUUAUAAAAAAGCCAUAGAAAAUCUUCUUCCUACCCCAGCUAAGUCUCAUUACACUUUCAACUUGAGAGAUUUCUCUCGAGUGGUGCAGGGCUGCCUGCUACUGAGGAAGGAAUCACUAACAAACAAGAGAACAAUGAUUUGACUUUUUGCACAUGAACUGUACUGUGUCUUCUAUGAUCGCCAUGUGGAUGACAAGGACCGUGCCUGGCUCUUCACACUCAUUAGCAAUAUUGUAAAGCAGCACUUUGGAAUUCUUCGGAAUGGUAACAAACCUCUUUGUGAGGAGGACAUGCAGAACCUGUUAUUUGGCGAUUAUAUGACUGGACAAAGUGAGUGGCUGUAUGCUGAGGUUCCCUCCAUGGAGUGCUUUGGUGAGGUUGUGGAAGCCUGUCUGGAUGAGUAAAACCAAACCCACAAGAAGCGCAUGAAUCUCGUCAUAUUCCGAUAUCAGAAAAUGGUGUUCCUGCUCACUGAUGCUCAAAUAAAAGACAAGGCCUUUUUAGAGGAUGUGGACAGAAUUUUAAACACAGGAGAGGUGCUGAACAUCUUUGCUGUUGACGAAAAUCAAGAAAUCAUGGAGGCUGUACGGCCCAUUGCUCAGGCUGGGAAUAAAAAUGUGGAGUUCAGCCCUCUGGCUCUGAUCGCCUAUUUUGUGAACCGCUGUAGAGAGAACCUACAUAUUGUUGUGGCCUUCAGUCCAAUUAGAGAUGCCUUCCGCAACCGCCUCAGACAGUUCCCUUCCCUCAUUAUCUGCUGCACCAUAGACUGGUUUCAGCCAUGGCCUGAGGAGGCUUUGGAGCGAGUGGCGAAUAAGUUCUUUGAGACACUAGAGCUGAGUAAUCUUGAGCGAUAGGAAGUCUUCAAGACCUUCCACACUUCUGCUAUUGAUCUGUCUCAUAAGUUUUUGUCAGAGCUGGGUCACCAUAAUGUGUCUCCUAUCUCCUACUUGGAGCUCAUAGCUGCCUUCAGACUUCUCAUUCAAAAACAAGGCACUGUCAUGAAUGCUAAAAACAGAUAUACAAAUGGACUGGACAAACUGGCAUUUGCAGAGUAUCAGAUAAGUGAAAUGAAAGAGUUGGUGGACCUUCAGCCUAAACUAGAGCAAGCCAAGAUUGACAACAUCAAAAUAAUGAAAGUGAUAGAGGUUGAGUCAGUGGAGGUUGAGGCUAAGAGCAAACUUGUUUGUGUGGAUGAAGAGACAGCUACUAUAGAAGCAAAUUAAGCCCAGGCUUUGAAGAAUGAAAGUGAAAAUGACUUUGCUGAAGCCAUCCCAGCACUGGAGGCUGCCCUUGCUGCCCUGGACACACUCAAGCCGACUGACGUGACGAUUGUAAAAUCCAUGAAGAAUCCUCUAUUAGGAUUAAAGCUGGUGAUGGCAGCAGUGUGUGUCAUGAAAGACAUCAAACCAGAGAAGAUCAAUGAUCCUGCUGGAAUGGGACUGAAUAUUCUUGAUUACUGGGGUCCAAGCACGAAGUUGCUAGGGGACAUAAAUAUCCUUAAAGACCAAAAGGAAUAUGACAAAGACAAUAUCCCUGAUGAAGUGAUGCUUAAGAUUCAUAGUGAGUGCAUGACCAACCUUGACUUUGACCCCACUAAAGUAUCCAAGGCCUCAUCUGCAGCUGAAGGGCUUUGCAGAAGGAUCACUGCUAUGGAAGUUUACGACAGCGUUGCAAAUGUGGUGGCCCCUAAGAAGGCUAACCUUAUUGUGGCCCAGCUCAUGGCCCUGCUGAACUAGAAAAGGGCAGAGCUAAAAGAGGUUGAGGAUCGCCGUCUCCUCAAUCAGCUGGAGUACCAGGUGGACCUCUGUGCUCGCAAGCUGGAGAGAGCCAAAAAGCUUAUUGGAGGUUUAGGAGGAGAAAAGACAAGGUGGUAGAAAGCAGCCUAUGACCUUCAGCGCACAUAUGAUAACUUAAUGUUAGGUGAUGUGCUAAUAUCUGCCAGAGUUAGCUUGGGAACUUUUACUGCCAGCUUCCGCCAUGACUGCACCAAAGUGUGGGCCAAGCUCUGCAAUUCCAAGAAGAUCCCAUCCUCUGAUGACUUCUCUCUGAGUAAAGCUCUUGGAGAUCCAAUCAAGGUCAGAGCCUGGAAUAUCGCUGGCCUGUCCACCGACAGCUUCUCUAUUGACAAUGGUGUUAUAGAGAGCAACUCCAGAAGAUGGCCAUUGAUGAUAGAUCCACAGGGUCAGGCCAACAAAUGGGUGAAAUAUUCAGAAUGACAGAGUAACCUGAAUGUGAUCAAGCUAGCUGAUGCAGACUACAUGAGAACACUUGAGAACUGCAUCCAGUUUGGUACACCACUGUUGCUGGAGAACAUAGGAGAAGAGCUUGACCCUUCCUUAGAACCACUACUGCUGAAAAGUGGUGUGGACUGUAUAAUAUUAGGUGAGAGUGUAAUUGAGUACUCGGCUGACUUCCGAUUUUACAUCACCACAAAACUGAAUAACCCUCAUUACUUGCCUGAGCUGGCCACCAAAGUGUGUCUAAUGAACUUUAUGAUUACUCCAGAGGGCCUUGAAGACCAGCUGCUUGGCAUUGUGGUAGCAAAAGCCAGACCUGAAUUAGAGGAGGAGAGGAAUGCCCUCAUUCUUCAGUCUGCAGCCAAUGAGAAUCAACUUAAAGAGAUUGAGGACCAUAUCCUGGAGACGCAACAGUCCUCGGAGGGGAACGUCCUGGAGAACGAGAGUGCAAGCCAGAUCCUGGAUGCUGCCAAGAUAAUGUCUAAUGAGAUCACAAAGAAACAACAGUGCAUUCUAAAGCUGAUUGCAGAGAAGACUGAAAAAAUAGCAGAGUCAAGGGAGGGCUAGAGUACGCACUCCUCCAUCCUUUUCUUCAGUAUCGCAGACCUGGCCAGCAUCGACCCCAUGUAUCAGUACUCUUUCACCUGGUUUGUCAACCUCUGUCAACAACAUACAGGUCAGGUGAGGACUAACAACAAAUCAAAGAUUCUAGAAAAGAGACUCAAAUACCUGACUAAUCAUUUCCCUACGUAUAUCCUUUACUGCAACGUGUGCCGUUCUCUCUUCGAGAAGGACAAACUCCUCUUCUCCUUCCUGCUCUGUUGUAACCUACUGCUGGCUAAGCAGAUAGAGUACUCUGAAUUUAUAUUCCUGCUCACAGGUGGUGUAGGGCUGCAGAAUAAUGCCCCCAACCCUGACCCAAACUGGCUCCGAGACAAAAGCUUGGAUGAGAUCUGCCGGGCCAGUGAUUUUCCUUGUCUACAGGGCCUCGAGAGCUUCAUAAAGAGUUCUGAUUUUCUGCCCAUUUAUGACCAUAAGGAGCCAUACAACACUGCUUUGCCAAAGCCCUGGUGUGAUAAACUCAAUUACCUUCAAAAAAUGAUCAUUUACAGAUGCCUCAGACCUGAUAAAAUUGAGCCAGCAAUCAGUAAAUUUGUAACUGAGAAACUGGGAAAGUAAUUUGCUGAACCACCUCCAUUUGACCUAAGUAAAACCUCCAACGCCAACAUUCCACUGGUCUUUGCACACUCUCCUGGAGCAUACCCUAUGGCUAGUCUGCUGAAAUUUACCAAUGAUAAGAACAUGGGUGGCUCGCAAUUUAAAUCCAACUCUCUGGGACAAGACCAGGGUCCCAUAGCAGUAAAGAUAAUCCGCUCUGCCAUUAAGGAGGGCACCUGGGUGUGCUUGCAGAACUGUCACCUAGCUGUGUCCUGGAUGUCCACUCUGGAGAAGAUCUGUGAAGAUCUCAUCCCUGACACAUGCCAUCCAGACUUCUGUCUUUGGCUCACCAGCUACCCUUCACCCAUGGUACUACAUGGGGCACUCAUGAGAAAUCUUAUUUCAAACCCCUUAACAGACAGUUGCAUUCGGUCCCUAAAUUAUUUGUAUUUUCUGCAAAUAGCAGAAGUGUGUGAUUUCUGCAGCGCUAGCAUCACCAAACGGAUUUGCAAAAAACAGAUAGGUUUUCCGAACACUCCAUUAUCACAAAAAUAAAGUGAUUUAAAAAAAAACACUUCUCUUUCAUUCAUUGAUUAAUUUGUGCCUCAGCUGUUUGUGAACGAGUACGAGGAAGUUCCCUUUGAGGCCAUCACGUAUCAGACUGGAGAAUGUAACUACGGCCUCAUGACAAUCCUUGCUGAUUUUUACAAUAGAGACAUUAUCGAUAACCCACCCCACUCCUUCUCUCCCAGUGGCAAUUAUUAUGCACCUCCAAAGUCCAUCUAUGAAAACUAUGUGGAGUUUAUCAAGAAACUGCCAUCUGCCCAGCAACCCAAGGUGUUUGAUAUGCAUGAGAAUGUGAACAUCUCCAAAGACCUUCAACAGACAAAACUACUGUUUGAUUCCCUGAUCCUGACCCAGGGUGGUGGCUCAAAGGGGGGGGGUGGAUUUUGAGGGGAUAGUACACUACCUGACAUUGCUAAUGACAUCUUGUCUAAAGUAACUAAAUAAUUGUUCCAUCACAAUUUUGAUAUUGAGUCUGCUCUUGUCAAAUUUCCUGUGCGUUAUGAGGAGAGCAUGAAUACGGUGCUUGUGAUGCAGCACUACAAUAAUUUGAGCAGUACUAUAUGUAUGAGUCUGCAGAACCUGACAAAAGCCAUUAAGGGGCUGGUAGUAAUGGAUGCAGAGGCUAUAGCUGGCAGUCUGCUGGUGGGGAAAGUGUCAGAAAAGCGGGCCAAAUGCUCCUAUCCCAGUCUCAAGCCAUUGGGCAGCUAUGUCAAUAACUUCUUAGGCAAACUCAAAUUCUUCCAGGAGUGGUAUGACACGAAGCCCCAUGUAUUCUGGCUAUCUGGGUUUUUCUUCACUCAGGCUUUUAUAACAGGCAACCUGCAAGCCAGGAAAUACUCAACCCCCAUCGACUUGUUUGAAUUUGAUUAUGAGGUUUUGCCUUUUGACACUGCAGACUCCUCUCCUGAAGAUGGAUAAGGGUUAACAGUGUACAUUCAUGGCCUUUUUCUGGACGGAGCCUUUUUCGGAGUGUUGGCUGAACAGUAUCCCAAAGUUCUCUUUGAUGCAGUCCCUAUCAACUGGGUCCAACCCAAGGACAAGAGGAUCAUGGAGCAGCCCCACAAAAUCUAUGUGUGUCCCCUCUACAAGACCAGUGAGCGAAAAGGCACACUGUCCACCACUGGCCAUUCAACCAACUUUGUCAUAAGUAUGCUCCUUACCAGCAAGCGCCCUCAGCACUGGAUCAAGAGAGGCGUGAUUUUGCUUUGUCAACUGGAUUAUUAA